AAUGUUUCGUUUGGUUCUCAGAUUGUGUUGCUCUUCAUUGCUGUCCAGUGCUUUGAAGCGGACGGAAAGCCGUUUUUAGAAGGGAUUUCUAUCCAAAAAGGCCUAGAAAUAAAAUUUAAACCUUUUCCGCUAAAACCUAUAACGUUUAUUAAGGAGAAAUGGUCACCGUUUGGAGUGUUUGGAAAGAAACGUGCUAUAGUGAAGAGGGAUACAGAAUUUUUGAUCCCAGUCUCACCAUCUACACUGGAGCCGCAGCCAGCGCCAGUAUUUGAAAACUUGGAGGAAAUUCAAAAUACUCCGCCUUUAAGAUUUCUGCCACCACAACCGCCUAGAGCUGUAACACUGGUUCCUGUGUCAGAAGCUCCUACUGUCAUCAUUACUUCGUCCCCUCUACCAAAAAUUUCUCCAACACAACCUCCGGUAGUAACUGAUAUACCGCCUGUAUUUAUAAGUUCUACGCCUCUUGCAUUUUCCUCUGUAGCUCCUCCACCCAUCCCACUAUCGAUUCCUCCUUCACCACCACCUAUGGAAUUAGCUAACCCAGUUACCGAGCCGUCAAUAUCCUCGAAUUUUAUUGUACCACCGCCGAGAGAAGGGCCACCACCAGGCCUCUUCACAGAUAUAUCACGAUCUGAACCAGUUCGAGAAUAUAUGGAUGUUGUACCUUCGAUUCCACCCACUCCACCUCUAGUAGAUAAUAAUGUAAAACCAGACAUCCCAAGAACUGAUAUUGUUAUUAAUGACAAUGCAUUGGUCAGAGGAUCGAAGUUAGCACUUUACUUCGGUAGUAUUUUCCUGUCACUCAUGUCGCAGUUUAUGACUAAUGCUCGCGCAACUUUUGAUCAAAUGACGAAUCCAACGCCAGUAUUCAAUAAUUAGGCAUAUCUUGCUUUAUGAGAUAAAUAUAUCUCACAAAUGGAUGCGUGACAUAAACAAU